AGCUGGGUUGACCACGUAUGUCAAGGACAAAGAUCAUGUUCUGCACAGUUUCCAAGGCUUCAAAAUGUCGCUGCCAACAGUGUCCAAGUUGUAUAGUACAUUAUCUUGUUGUAACUGUACUGUUAACUCCACGUGUUCAUGACACUAGCUGUUUUGUUCACAGAGAAUGUUAUAUAUGACUGAUAGCAUUGCCAUUGUUUUGAAGAGAGAGAGAGUGAGAGUGGGAGAUAUGGCUAAUCACAAUUUGGUUAUAGAUGCAUGGAUUAAAGAAGCUGAAGAGGCUCUAAAGCUGGUGGAAGGUUUAGAGAACACAAUCAAGAACAGGAACCCAGAGCAUUUCAGCCUCAUAAGCAAUGCAAAUUCAAAGCUUUUGGAGCUUGGAGUGAAGCUUGAUCGCUUAGAAUCACUGCUUCACAACCCACCCUCCAAACCCAACUUUAAUCUGUUCCUGCAGUGCAUUUACAGAACUGAUGAAGAAUUGAAAUUCCGAUGGAAAAUGCUAUCAGAUAUUCAGCUAAGAACAAGAGAAGUGGCUCUUAGUCUCUAUGCUUUUCCCUCCCCAAACAGGUCAGGAGGCUUACCUGCUGCAGAUGCAGAUGCCAAAGAAAACAGCACAGCAAUCAAGAGUUGUUGCCAAGAUCAAAUGAAAGUUUCUUCCUCCGAAGAAGAUUCAGAGCUUCUGGAACCACUUGUUUCAGAUGAUGCAACCCAAAGCCAUUCACAGUUUGGUUCUUAUAGACCAAUGAGUCUGCUUUGGAAGGCUUGCUGGACCAUCAUGGUUUUUUUGCUGGUGGCUGCACUGCUGUUCAUCUUUGUUCUCCUCCGUGCAGUUUUAUUAUCUAUGUACUCAGCCUAAUGUUUUGGUGUUGGGUGGAUUUUUCCAUAAUUUUGAAGCAGCAUAUAUUUAUUGUUUUUU